AUGCUGCUCUGGUUCCUCAACCUCAUGUGUUCUGGUUUCUUCCUAGUCCAGAGGAUGUCAGCACACGUGGGAAAUCAUGAUAAACCAUCCCUAUCUGCCUGGCCAAGUUAUAUUGUUCCUCUGGGACAGAACGUGACUCUUACAUGUGACUCUCAUGGUAGAUCUAACAUAUUCAAGCUGUACAAAGAAGAAGGGUCUCCAAUCCAUCAGUUACAUGAGACUGCAUUUCAGAAGAGCCUUGUCUUUGGUCCUCUGACCAGAGAACAUGCGGGGACCUACAGAUGCUUCCAUCCUCAAUACGCUAAUGAAUUGUCAGCACAUAGUGAGCCUCUAAAAAUCAUAAUUUCAGGAAUCUACAUGAAACCUUUCCUCUUGAAUCUACAAAGUCCCCUGGUGAAUUUAGGAGGGAAUGUGACCCUGGAAUGUCACUCAGAGAAUAUGUUUGAUAUAUACAUUUUGAUUUCACACAGAAUGGGAAUAAUCAAGAACUCUGUCCAAGUUUCUGCAGAAUAUCAUGAUAGUGGGUCAUAUGUCAGCUACUCAAUAGGUCCCAUGACACCUGAACUUGUUGGGACUUACACAUGCUAUGGUGCUAACAGUUACUACCUGUAUGAAUGGUCAGACCCCAGUGACCCCAUUGACAUCAAAAUCACAGGUGUAUACAAGAAACCUUCUCUGUCAGCCCUGAUGGGCCCUGUGCUGAUGAUGUCAGGAGAGACCAUGACCCUGUCUUGCAUCUCUGACCAUCAGUUUGACACGUUCCAUAUGUCCAGGGAAGGGGUGCCUCAGGGACAGGGGAUGCCUGCAGUGCAGAGCCACAGUGGUAAAUUCGAGGCAAAAUUCCUUCUUAGUCCAACGAUCCAAAAAGGGAACUAUAGAUGCUAUGGCUCUUUCAGGAACUCUUCCCAUGUGUGGUCCUCCCCAAGUGACCCCUUGUACCUUCCUGCCAAAGGAAACUGCCCUGCAUGCACAGAAGCAGACACCAAAACAAAUAACUACAAGAACCUGCAUGUUCUAACUGGGCUCUUCGUGACCAUGGUCCUUGUCGUCAUCAUCAUCCUUUAUUCUUGUUACUUUUCCAAACAGAAUAAGUCUCAGAAACAAGCAGCAGCCAGCAUGGAACAAGAGUUUGAAGUUAAAAAAACAAUAAACAGACAGGACAUUGAAGGGCAAGAAGGACAGGAGGUGCAUACACAGAACUUGAGCAGAGAAUCUUCAACCAAAACUUGA